CCGAGGAAGAGCCACAGGCUCCGGUUGUCAUGUGCAGUCCGUCUGGCGGUCAGCUGACGCUUCCUUCUCGCCUGUGAUGUUUACUUUCUUUUGUGUAGCGCUUUAAACAGCGGUUGUUUCGACUUUUUCUGAAUGAAUGCAGCGCUAUGCUCGACCCAGGAGAGCCAUGGUCCUCGUGAACUCGGUGCUGAAGCUGCUGCAGAGGCAGACCUACACCUGUCUGUCCCACCGAUACGGUCUCUACCUUUGCUUCGGGGGUCUGGUACUCAUGAUCGUUUCCGCCUUUCAGUUUGGAGAGGUGGUGGUGGAGUGGAGCCGGGACCAGUAUCAUGUGCUUUUUGACUCCUAUAGAGACAAUGUGGGGGGGAAAUCCUUCCAGAGCAGGCUCUGUCUGCCGAUGCCUAUUGACGUUGUGUACACAUGGGUGAACGGCACAGAUGUGGCUUUGCUGAAGGAACUGAAGGCGGUCAAAGAGCAGCUGGAGGAGGAACAAAAAGCUCUGAGGGAACAUUUGGGGAAAAACACAACUGACACCACAGAAGUGCCAAAAGACAGCGAUAGGCCUGAAUGUUUGCUCUCCCAUUGCAUCGUAGCGCCCAUGCUGGCGCUGGAUCCCGCUCUGCCGGCCAACCUCACUGUCAGAGAGCUGCCCGAGGUCUCAGCCUCGCUCUCCGCUGCCAAAGAGCUGCUGAUCGUGAGCAAACCUUUCCACCAGCCUGUCAGCGUCUCCAUUGUCGUCUUUCAUUCGCAGGCUGAAGCGGAUAAGGCCUUUGCAGAUCUCUCGAGGGAAACCCAUCCAUUUUCUGUGUCCAGAUGCUAUCUGACGACAGAUAAAGAGGCUCCAGGUUUAAUCCACAUGCAGGCUCUGGCCUACCUGAGCGGCUUCCCGUCAUCCAUCAAAGAUACGGAGCAGAUGAGAGUGAAACUGCCUUCAGCCAUAACCAGCAAGAUCAAACAGUUUGAGCUGUAUUCAGAGGCCAGCAUAGCUCUGCUUCACCUGAAAACCCAGCAGGACUUCGCUGAUCUGAGCCAGCAGGCUAAAAAGAACCUGACCCUGGAUGGGAAGGAGCUGAGCAUAAGCCCCGCCUACUUGUUCUAUGAUCUCACCGCCAUCUCGCAGUCUAAGCAGGACGAAGAUGUUUCGGCGAGCCGAUUCGAGGACAACGAGGAGCUCCGCUAUUCGCUGCGCUCUGUGGAGAAACACGCCCCCUGGGUGCGACACAUCUUCAUCGUUACUAACGGUCAGAUUCCUUCCUGGCUCAACAUGGAUAACCCCCGAGUGACGGUGGUGUCGCAUCAGGAUAUUUUCUUGAACCGCUCCCACCUUCCCACUUUCAGCUCUCCUGCCAUCGAAACGCACAUCCAUCGUAUCCCGGGACUCUCUCAGAAGUUCAUUUACCUCAACGAUGACGUGAUGUUUGGGAAAGACGUUUGGCCAGACGACUUCUACAGCCAUUCCAAAGGGCAGAAGGUGUAUCUGACCUGGCCAGUUCCUAACUGUGCCGAAGGCUGCCCAGGAUCCUGGAUCAAAGAUGGAUACUGUGACAAGGCCUGUAACAACUCUGCCUGUGACUGGGACGGAGGAGACUGCCUCGGCACAGCAGGAAACAACCGCUUCCCUGCAGGCGUGGGAGGGGUGGGCCCCGGAGGAGCCGGUGGAGCCGUGUGGCAGAUAGGGGGCGGGCUUGGAGGAAUUGGGGGGACGUCGUAUUGCAAUCAGGGCUGCGCCAACUCAUGGCUAGCGGACAAAUUCUGCGAUCAGGCCUGCAACGUGAUCUCCUGCGGCUUUGACGUGGGAGACUGUGGCCAAGAGCACUUCGGCGAGCUUCACCAUGUGACCCUGCUCAGAAACCAGAGCCUCUACACCCUGCCUGUCGGCGAGACCAGGCCCUAUUUCAGCUUCCACAAACUGGCCCGCAGAAUCUCCGAGGCCCACGUCAGGGACAACCCCGUGGUCCUACACACGUCUGUCGCCAACAAGUGGAAAACCAUUCACCUGCUGCUCUAUCCUGGCCACAACGCUACCCAGGUCCAGUACAACAUCACCUUCCAGAGGGAGGACGACACUCAGUUCACAAUGUGCUUCAACGUCACUGUCGAUACGCGUGAGCUUCCUCAGACUAAUGCUUCCAGGGCUGGGAGCAAAGACACAGGAGAGGAGGCCAAAGUCACCCCGACGCCAGAGCCAGUAUUCCCUUUCUCAGAUAUUCCUGAAGAAAAACGAGGGCCUAAGAUCCAGAAGAACCAGCCUGCUGUCUCCGAGGAUCUCAUCCAGGUUCCUUUAGUUAAUGUAUCAGCCUUACCAGCUGUUGUGCGAAAGGAGCUGGAAAGAUUGAAAGAAAAACUACUGAUCGGUGACAUCACAGUGAAGGGUUACAAUCUCACCAAGGCUGAACUUCUAAAACCGUAUCGUACUCAGACUGAGAAGCCUCGGGACAUCAGGGAUCUGCCACAAGUCCAGAUGAGGCCUUAUAAAGACCUGGAGGGUAACGGAGGACAAAAUGAGAUGCAGGAAAAUCAAAACUCUCAUCCGAAAAAGGGAAAGGAGUCUGUGGAAAAUAAAGCUCCUCCGUCUGUCAUCCCGCUCCGCAUUGAUGAUAAAAUAAAAAGCCUUCUAAGUCCUGAACGUCAUCCUCUGAACCCUGUCAUCGAACGGCCCAGAACAUCCAAACUUCGCAGCAACGACUCCCAGAAAAAGAGCGAGGAGGUUCCAGCCGAGCUGCCUCCAGCCGUAGGGAGGAAGCUCCAGCACUUCACCUCCUCAGACCGAGGCUUUCUGCCGUGGGAGAGAAGGAAGUAUUUCCAGGCUUUGAUUGAGGAGGAGGAGCGUCUGCAGAGAGAGCUGUCCUACAGGACCGACGGUGCAGCAACGGGGCGAAAGCUGCAGGACACCUUCGCCGACUCGUUGCGAUACGUCAACAAGCUGCUUAACGGCCAGUUCGGCUUCACGUCGCGCAAAGUCCCCGCCCACAUGCCGCACAUGAUCGACCGUCUGGUCAUGCAGGAGCUUCACGACACAUUUCCGGAAGAGUUUGACAAAACCUCAGGCCACCGCGUUCGACACUCCGAGGACAUGCAGUUCGCCUUCUCCUACUUUUACUUCCUGAUGAGCGCGCAGCAGCAGCUCAACGUCUCAGAAGUGUUCGAUGAGGUCGACACCGACCACUCGGGCAUCUUAUCAGACCGAGAGAUCCGAACUCUGGCCACUAGGAUCCACGAGCUUCCCCUCAACCUGCAGGACCUGACUGGUUUAGAGCAGAUGCUGAUAAACUGCUCUAAAACACUCCCGACUGAACUGACUCGUCUCCACCUGGUGAGCCCCACUCAGGAGACUUAUUUUGAUCGCUUCAUGCCUCCAGUCACCAAAAGCCUGGUUCUCCACUGCAAGCCAAUCACAGAGAAGAUCCAUAAAGCCUUCAAAGAUCAGAACAAAUACAAGUUUGAGAUCAUGGGAGAGGAGGAGAUUGCUUUCAAGAUGGUGCGGACCAACGUGUCCCACGUGGUCGGCCAGCUGGACGACAUCAGGAAGAAUCCCAGGAAGUUCAUCUGUCUGAACGAUAACAUUGAUCACAGCCACAAAGACGCUCCUACUGUGAAAGCCGUGCUGAGAGAUUUCUACGAGUCCAUGUUCCCACUGCCAUCCCAGUUUGAGCUUCCCAGAGAGUACCGCAACAGAUUCCUGCAUAUGGAGGAGCUCCAGGACUGGCGGGUGUACAGAGACAAGCUGAAGUUCUGGACCCACUGUGUCCUCGUGACUCUGGUCGUCUUCACCGUUAUGUCCUUCUUCGCUGAGCAGCUAAUCCAGCUGAAGCGAAAACUGUUCCCCAGACGCAAAGUCAAUAAGGACAGCAACCCAGAGCGAGUAUAAAAGAGGAAAAACUGUCUUUUCUGGAAGUCGUCCUUCAAUCCUUCUCUCUUCCUCCUCUGGAGAGGACAAGAAUGGACCCAGACAUGGACAUAAUCAGUCUGGACUGCACAGUUUAGACAUCUGGAGACUUGAAUGAUGGACGUGCAGAAAGUUACUACAGCCAGAAGAAAAUAAUCAAUUAAAGAAAAGUGCUGGAAAUUGAAUUUUCCUUCACUAAGGGAUUAGAAGAGGAAAAACACUCCUGGCAUCACAUCGACCCUGAAGAAUGUACUGUUAGGUUGUGUUAUAAUAAGACACUCAGAGCGCAUCUGUAUUUUAUAACGGUACGAACUUCUUAAAUGUUUGUUGUAUUUUUUUUUUUUGUAAGUUAAUUAUAUUUUUGUGUUUAAAAAGAUGUCAGCUUUCCUGCCAGGAACGGGAAAGGAAAAUCUUACAUGUUGAAAGAAAGAACUGGUUUUACAGAGUUUAAGGAGAGAUGUUAAACGUUCCUUUUGUCGUCUUGAAAAAAAAAAA